CAGCUGGUGUGUGUUUGUGUGUGUAUGUGUGCACAGUGAAGAUGGCUGGAAACAACUCUUAUACUAUAGUAGAAUAUUUUGGUGGAGAUGAUGGUUACCGCUGCGGUUACUGCAAGAAUGAAAAGGGAAACUUCUCCCACGGAAUGUGGUCUCAUACUAUGACCGUACAAGACUACCAAGAUUUAAUCGAUCGAGGAUGGAGAAGAAGUGGAAAAUAUGUUUACAAGCCCAUCAUGAAGAAGACGUGCUGUCCUCAGUAUACCAUCAGAUGCCAUGCACUGAAAUUCCAGCCCUCCAAAUCUCACAAGAAAGUCCUGAAGAAAAUGAGCAAAUUUAUUUCCAGCGGGGAGUUGCCAGCAGCACAGGAAGGUGGUGAGCCGAUGGACUCCGUUUGUGAAGAGGCCGGUCCACGGGAACCCGCUAAUGUCUGUCAGUCGGAUGUGAAACGUGUCGCCAUCGCAGAUAUUAAACAGGAAGUACCAAACUGUGCUGCUGUUGCAGACGUCGAGAAAAACGCGGCGGAUUCUGCUGCCGCGAGCUCAAAAAAUUCACCGGAUGAUUCAGCUUCCGCCUCCGAUGGGAGAGCAGCCGCCAAAGCUCCUAAACCAGGCUUGGGAGCAGAUCCGAGCCGGCCGCUCUGCAGGAAGGCCAAAGAUCUAAGAAAGGAGCGACGUCUUCAGAAAGACCAGAACAGACAACAUGGCGAUGGAGCGUCGCCGCCGAAACCUGCCUGCACCAACCAACCCAAAACUCUGGAGGGGCUCAUGAGCGAGCCGUUAGAGGGCAGCUCCUCCCGUCGCCUCGAGGUGAGGCUAGUGCGCUCCAAUCCCCCUAGCCCGCAGUUCAAAGCCUCUUUCGACGCCUCCUACCAGGUGUACAAACUCUACCAGAUGGCCAUUCACAAGGAUCCUCCUGACAAACCCUCCGAGAGCCAGGUGAGGCUAGUGCCGGUGAACUUUGACGACCCUCAAUUCGCGGCGUCCUAUCAACAUUCGGCGGCGCUGUACGCUCGCUACCAGAUGGCCGUUCACGGCGAUGACCCAAGCGAAUGUAGUGAGACUGAGUUCCGGAGAUUUCUUUGUGAUUCACCACUAGAGGCGGAACAUUCUCCAGACGGACCAGAGUUGGGCUACGGCUCCUUCCACCAGCAGUACUGGCUGGACGGACGCAUUGUGGCAGUGGGAGUGAUCGACAUCUUGCCUACCUGUGUGUCUUCUGUCUAUCUGUACUACCACCCAGAUUUUGAAUCGCUGUCUUUAGGGUCAUACUCAGCUCUCAG